AUGAUUGUUGGAACUUUUUAUUCUUUGCAGGCCAAGAGAACCAAGAAGGUUGGUAUUGUUGGGAAAUAUGGCACCCGUUAUGGUGCUAGUUUGAGGAAGCAGAUUAAGAAGAUGGAAGUCAGUCAGCACAGCAAGUACUUCUGUGAAUUCUGUGGCAAGUAUGCAGUGAAGAGGAAAGCUGUCGGCAUCUGGGGAUGCAAGGACUGUGGCAAAGUGAAAGCUGGUGGUGCCUACACCUUGAACACAGCGAGUGCUGUCACGGUGAGGAGCACCAUCCGAAGGCUAAGGGAGCAGACAGAGAAUUAAAAGUCAGUGAAUUUUGUUAUUGGCAAAUUGGUCCUUUUGGAAUUGAUAUUAACAUUUGGAGUAACCGUUAGUGACCUGUGAGACUGUUAAGCCAAUAUAUUGUGUUUGUCAUUCAGAUAAUGUCUUUUCGACUGAGAUACAUCACAAUUUGUACUGCUCAAAUUAUGCCUCUUUCGGUUUUGCAUGCUGUGGGUGGAAGUAGCCUAUUUCUACAUUUUUCUUUUAUUCUUUUGUUUCGUUUUGAAAAGCAAAUACUAAAGGAGCGUGGAAGUAGCAGAUGACUGGCAAACUUUUCUGCAUAUUAUAGGCAUUUGAAAUUGC